AUGGUUCGCAAUAUCGUCGUCAUCGGUGGCACCUCCCACCCGCAACUGACUCAGACCAUCUGCAAUGUCCUCGGAAUCCCUCCGGCCGAGGUGCUACUGUCGAAAUUCUCCGUCGGCGAAACCCGAGUCGAAAUCCAGGAAUCCGUUCGCGGAAAGGAUGUCUACAUUAUACAGUCGGGUGGUGGGAAGGUGAAUGACCAUCUGAUGGAGCUCCUCAUCACCAUCUCCGCCUGCAAGACCGCCUCCGCCAGAAGAGUGACCGCGGUGCUUCCGCUAUUCCCCUACUCUCGCCAGAGUGAUAUCCCGUACAACAAGACCGGAGCUCCGCUGGUCAAAUCUUCUCCCUCGGAAAAGUCGGGUAACUCCAACGGCUAUACUUUCGAGAGUACCCCGUCUACCCCACAUCCCGGAAAGGCCGAGAGCGCAAGCCUUCUGAAUGGCGUCGACAACUUGCAAAAGAGUCUCGCCAAGGCGCAGUUAGAAGAUGUCAGCAAUGGCAGUCCCGUCAAGAAGCGCCCGGUCAACGGGCUCUCCCGCAGUGAUACCCUCGAGUCCUCCAAGUCGGACGCCACUCUCCCCAGUACCGAUGACAGUACAGUCAAGAUCAACAACUUCCAGCCACGCCCGGGCUACAAGCAAUGGGUCGCUCAAGCCGGUACCCUGGUGGCCGACUUGCUCACUUGCGCCGGUGCGGACCAUAUCAUCACGAUGGAUCUGCACGAUCCUCAAUACCAGGGUUUCUUCGACAUCCCGGUGGACAACCUGUAUGGACGUCCUCUUCUCAAGACCUACAUCCAGCGGAACAUCCCCAACUACAAGCACGCCGUUGUGGUCAGCCCCGAUGCCGGUGGUGCCAAACGAGCUACCGCUAUCGCCGAUUCCAUGGGGAUGGAGUUUGCGUUGAUUCACAAGGAGCGCCGCCCCACCAAGAUCACAGACCGCCAGAAUGCCACCAUGAUGCUGGUCGGAGAUGUCAAGGAUCGCACCGCCAUCCUCAUCGAUGACCUUGCGGACACGUCGAACACCAUCACUCGCGCCGCCAAGCUCCUGAAGAAGGAGGGCGCUUCCUGCGUCUACGCCUUGGUGACACACGGCAUUCUGAGUGGCGACGCCAUCGAUCGGAUCAACGCCAGCGCCCUUGACAAGGUCGUCGUGACCAACAGUGUUGACCAGGCCGACCACCUGCGACGAUGCCCCAAGCUGGAGGUUCUGGAGGUCGGGCACGUCUUUGCCGAGGCCAUCCGUCGCGUCCACCACGGCGAAAGUAUCAGUGUUCUGUUCCAAUACGACUAA